AUGAGCGAGAUCUAUGCUGAAGCUGAAACAGAUGGAAUACUUCUAAUCGACGCAAGUAAUGCUUUCAACCAAAUGAAUCGCUCCGUGGCAAUGCAUAAUAUCCAGAUUACUUGUAAUGAAAUCUCGCAGUAUCUUAUCAACACCUAUAGAAGUCCUUCUAGACUUUUUAUUUGUGGUGGAGGGGAGAUACUGUCUCAAGAAGGCACCACUCAAGGUGACCCUUUGGCCAUGCCUUGGUAUUCAAUCAAUACAUCAACUAUCAUACAAUCACUGAGACUCGCUAGCCCAGACGUCAAACAAGUUUGGUUGGCUGAUGACUCAGCAGGGGGAGGAACGAUUGCAGCGCUCUAUAGUUGGUAUCGUUAUCUGUGUGAAGAAGGCUUGAAGUAUGGAUACCAUGUAAACGGUUCUAAGAGCUGGCUGAUUGUUAAAUCACAACUUCUGGCGUCAGAAGCAGAACGGGUGUUUGGAAGAGAGGUGAAAAUAACAACUGAAGGAAGGCGACAUCUGGGCGCAGUUAUUGGUUCUACAAAUUACAAAGAAGAGUACUGCAACGAAAAGGUCAACAGUUGGAGAGAAGAAAUCGAAGCACUAAGUGAUAUUGCAAAAAGUCAACCUCAUUCAGCCUAUGUUGCUUUCACAAAGGGCUUCAAAUCGAAGUUUACAUAUUUUAUGCGAACGAUAAGCUCCUUUGAAGAUUAUAUUAACCCUAUCGAGGAAGCCAUAA